AGUCAACAACUCUUAAGUCGAGACUUUAGUUGGAAACAAGUGGAGAAUAUGACUGUCUACUUAACGAGCAGUCUCUGAGGAACCUGACCACAGCAUUGUCCAGUGCCCGAGUUUAUCUUACUUUUUGCGUUCAGUCCUUUUUUUUUUUUUAUAAAGUUACUUGGAGUCAGUUUUGAGUGCGAAGUUACUAUAAACACCCCAAAGCUGGACGGUCGCCUGGCUAGCUCGCUAGCUAGCUAUCUUAAGUAGUUAGGUAGCUAGCUAGCUAAGCUGCGUUUUCCGUGAUAAAAAGAAAGAAGGAAAAAAAAAGAAACAAGCCACCGAAAGAGAAAAUGGAGCUGGAGGACGGAGUCCUUUAUCAGGAGGACUCGGGAAGUUCCUCCAUGAUGUCGGAGAGGGUGUCCGGCUUGGCGAGCUCCAUCUACCGCGAGUUCGAGCGGCUGAUCGGAAAGUACGACGAGGACGUGGUGAAGGAGCUGAUGCCGCUGGUGGUGGCCGUGCUGGAGAACCUGGACUCGGUGUUCGCGGAGAACCAGGAGCAUGAGGUGGAGAUCGAGCUGCUGAAAGAGGACAACGAACAGCUGAUCACUCAGUACGAGAGGGAGAAGGCGCUGAGGAAAGGCGUCGAGGAGAGGUAUAUGGAGAUCGAGGACUUGCAUGAGCAAGAGAGGAAAGAGCUGCAAAGCAAAGUGACCACGCUGGAAGGACAAACCAGACAGAUGGAGCUCAAGACCAAGAACUACGCAGACCAGAUUGGAAGAUUAGAGGAGAGAGAAGCAGAACUGAAGAGAGAGUACAAUACCCUCUACCAUCGACACACUGAGAUGAUCCAUAGUUACAUGGAGCACCUGGAACGUACCAAAAUGCAUCAGCUGACAGGGGGGGAAGCCACAGACACGAACACUCUGAGCAAACAUAAAAAGGAUCGGCCUGUAUCUCUGGGGAUUUUCCAGCUGCAGGGGGGAGAUGUGAGGACCCCCGACCUGCACAGGGAGCAAGUGGGGACUCCCGGGACGGACACAUGGAGGUUCAACGACUUGAGUCAUCCUCAGUCCAACACCAGCCUCAAGGAUGAACUCUCAGACGCCAAUCACGGAGGCUCCAAGUCGGUUACGCCGAUGUCCACAGCGCCUUUAAACGCCGCCUCGGUUUCUGUAGAAGUGUCCCAGACUGACUCCUCGGAGGGACUGAACAGGAACCUGAACUCCAGCAGCAGAAAGCCGGACAGCAGUAAGAACAUUAAAGUACAGGAAGCUGUAGCAACAGAGGAGCUUCCUAAAGAUGUCAUCGAGAACACUGAGAAAUCAGAGGUGCAGGCGAUUAUUGAGUCCACCCCUGAACUUGACAUGGACCUGAGUGGCUGCAAAGGCUCCAGCACUCCUACUAAGGGGAUGGAGAACGUGGCUUUUGAACGCAACACCGAUUCCCUGUUUGAGGAGCUCUCGUCAGCAGGCACAGACCUCAUCGGAGAUGUUGACGAGGGCGCUGAUCUGCUGGGUAUGGGUCGUGAAGUAGAACACCUCAUCCAGGAGAACGCCCAGCUCCUGGACACAAAAAAUGCUCUGACCAUGGUGAAAAAUGACCUGAUCGGUCGUGUGGAUCAGCUGACCUGCGACAAUGAGGUACUGCAGAGCGAGAUGGAAGUCCUUAGGCAGGCCAAAGACAAACUGGAGGAAAAGAACAAGGAGCUGGAGGAGGAGAUUAAAAGGGUUCGGGCAGAGUUAGAGGUGACCAAACAGAAGACAAAAGAGGAAGAUGAUAGUGACGUUCCCACGGCCCAGCGUAAGCGUUUCACACGGGUGGAGAUGGCCCGAGUCCUGAUGGAGAGGAACCAGUACAAGGAGAGGCUGAUGGAGCUGCAAGAGGCUGUUAGGUGGACAGAGAUGAUCCGGGCCUCAAGAGAAAACCCAACUCUGACUGAGAAGAAAAAAUCCAGUAUCUGGCAAUUUUUUAGCAGGCUCUUCAGCUCAUCCUCAAGCGGUGCAGCCAAAAAGCCAGAGGCUCCUGUUAAUGUUAAGUACAACGCUCCCACCUCACACAUCGUGCCCUCCGUUAAGAAGAGGAGCAGCACGCUUGCCCAGCUGCCCAGCGACAAAUCCAAGGCUUUUGACUUCCUCAACGACGAUCCGGAGGUGGAAAACAUCGUGUCACGUAGAGAACAGAAGAGAGCUCAGUACCAGCAGGUGAAGGCUCACGUCCAGAAAGAAGAUGGUAGGAUACAAGCCUAUGGCUGGAGUUUGCCUCAGAAAUAUAAGGUUUCAAAUGGUGCACAGGGUGACAGUAAAGUGAAGAAUUUACCAGUGCCCGUUUACCUCAGACCUUUGGACGAGAAAGAUGCUUCCAUGAAGCUGUGGUGUGCUGCCGGGGUGAAUCUGUCAGGAGGAAAGACACGUGACGGAGGUUCUAUUGUAGGAGCGAGCGUGUUUUAUAGAGAUGUCUCCGAAACGGAGAGCAGCAGCCUGAGCUCCCGAAAGGCAAGAGGCUCUCAGAGCAGUUUAGACAAACUGGAGCAGGAGCUCAAGGAGCAAGAGAAAGAGCUGAGGCAGCAGAACGAGCUCUCCAGUCUGGUGUGGAUCUGCACCAGCACUAACACCACCUCCAAUGUCAUAGUGAUUGAUGCCAACCAGCCUGGAAAAAUCCUGGAGAACUUCUUCGUCUGUAACUCGCACUUGCUCUGCAUCACCAGCGUGCCAGGUGCCCGGGAAACAGAUUACCCUGCCGGUGAAGAAGUGCCUGCUAAAAGCGAUGCAGCUGGGGCUGAAGGGGCACCACAGACCGGCACUGCAGCGAACAGCAGCUUCGCCGGCUCUGAGCGCGGUCUGGAUGGCAUCACUGUGGUCGGCUGCUCUGUAGAGGGAGCUGUCGCUGUUCCCCAAACCGCAGACGGCACAGACUCCUUCGAUGGCGAUGUGUUAGAGCAGCGCAGGCAGGUUGGAGUGACUGCAGCUGAAGAGGCCUUGGAGGCCACAGAGAGCAGCAACACCACGCCUGCAGAGGAAGGCCAGUCUGGGAUCUACACCGAACAUGUGUUUACUGACCCGCUGGGAGUCCAGAAUCAUAGGGACACACCGUCCUCGUACACACAGAGGGAAUGUGAUCUCGUAAAGGACGGGGUCAGUUUAAUACCUGAUGAGCAAGACCUGAUGAGGGAGGAGGCGAACAAAAUGAGUAGUGUCCUGCCCACUAUGUGGCUUGGGGCACAGAAUGGAUGUAUCUAUGUCCACUCCUCUGUCGCACAGUGGAAGAAAUGUCUGCACUCAAUAAAGCUGAAGGACUCUGUGUUGGGCAUCGUACAUGUGAAAGGACGGGUUUUAGUGGCCUUAGCUGAUGGUACUUUGGCGAUAUUCCACAGAGGAGAAGACGGUCAGUGGGAUCUGACCAACUACCACCUCUUGGACCUGGGCCGGCCGCAUCACUCCAUCCGGUGCAUGACGGUGGUGCAUGAUAAAGUGUGGUGUGGGUACAGGAACAAGAUCUAUGUUAUCCAGCCCAAUGCUAUGAAAAUUGAGAAGUCCUUUGACGCACACCCACGCAAAGAGAGCCAAGUGCGGCAGCUAGCCUGGGACGGAGACGGAAUCUGGGUGUCCAUUCGUUUAGAUUCCACACUCCGACUGUUCCAUGCACACACCUACCAACAUCUGCAGGACGUGGACAUAGAGCCAUAUGUCAGCAAGAUGCUGGGUACUGGGAAACUGGGCUUUUCCUUUGUGAGGAUCACAGCUUUGAUGGUCUCAUGUAACCGCCUGUGGGUCGGAACAGGGAACGGCGUCAUCAUCUCUAUUCCUCUCACCGAGACAAAGAAAGUCACCCAGGGAACAUCCAACCGGCCGGGCAGCGUGAUCCGUGUCUAUGGUGAUGAAAACAGCGAUAAAGUGACAGCGGGCACGUUCGUCCCUUUCUGCUCCAUGGCCCAUGCACAGCUCUGUUUCCAUGGCCACCGAGACGCAGUCAAGUUCUUCACUGCUGUUCCAGGCCAUGUUGUCCCAUCUGCUGGAGCAGGAGGCGAGGCAGGUGGUGACAAGCCAGCAGCAGACGCGCCCACACCGGAGUUCUCCAAGUCAGUCCUAGUUAUGAGUGGUGGAGAAGGCUACAUUGACUUCAGAAUGGGCGAUGAAGCGGGCGAAGGAGAGGACCUGAAUGAACCCACUCUGAAGCUGCAGCCUUUCCUGGCAAAAGCAGAGCGCAGUCACCUUAUAGUGUGGCAGGUCAUGGUCAACGAAGACUGAGCUUUUGAUGCUUUUACACUCGGGCGGCCCAUCGACCAGCCGAGAGCGAACAUUUCAAAAGGAGUCUGCCCUUCUGUGUCUGCGUUCUUAUUUCUUUUUUGAUUUCAUGUCUUCAGUUGAAGGGACACGGUUAUUGCGUCCAGCUAUCAGGAAGUCGCGUUCAAGGCUUUGCACAUUCACUUUUGUGGCAAUAAUCCUGCACGCACCUAAAUAGAUGGAUCCAUCCAUCCACAAAAACACAUCCAAAGCUGUGACAGCGGCACUGAUCAGUCCGGACAAUCCAGCGGGGGAGUUUUUUGGGUUUUAAAUGUUCUUUUCCAGCCACUUUUGCUUUCUUUUAUGGUGGGGUUUUUUUUUUCCAAUUCACAAGAUCAAGAUAUCCAUCAACACGGUGCACAAGUAGACAAUUGUUAACUGAAAUACUGUGUUCUGUGUAAACAGCUGUUGUAAGUGGCCGGAGGGCGAAAUGUUUGCACAGCCAAAAAGUACCUUCUUGAGAAAUAGCUGCUCCUAGGCUAAGUCAAGGCUUGCAAAAAGCGUGCAUGCCCUAGUGCCUGCUCUUGUCUUUAGGCUGCUGUGCUGCAUUCGAAACUACGCCACCGUUCUCUAAUUUCUUUCGUCCCAGAUCGUUUCGAGAGACAACAAAAACAGAGCAGCGUUUUCAUCUCUUGUACUUUGCUGCUCUGUGAUAACAGGAAGGUUUGAUGAACGGCAGAAUAUCUAUUUAUAUAUUCAUGUUAAAACUUACCAAAGGAAUUUGUAGUAGUUUUGUAUGACUGUGGAUGAUCAGAUCGUGCUCUUCUGAAGAUAGGAACAGAUUUAACUCAUUACAUCAGCCAUAGUCCAGAGGAAACCCGUUAUGCAAUAUCGCUAGGAUCAUGAACUGGUCGUAGUGGGGAUUUUUCUUUUCACUGCUUGGUUUCCUCAAAAGAGCACUGUUGUGUGUAGAUUUAGAGACUAAAUGCCUAUUUUUAUUACACUUUUGUACCUUUUUGUCUUUUAGACUCUAACCACAGGUCUCUGUAAUGCGGUAAACAAGUUGGCUAACAUUUUGCUGAUGUUAUGCUGCUGUUAUGCUAGUGUUUGGGCGUACUGGAGGGGCUUCGUCUGUGGCCGUUCCUCUUCUCCACGAGAGGAGAAACGGCUUUAGGUUGCAACUUCAGCCAUCUCAGUAUUUAUUUCUAUGAAUGAGCCUUUGCAGAUAAGAAUGUAACUUUGUAUAUUGAAUAUAAAUAUAUAUAUAUAUAAAAUAUAAAUAUGUACAUGAAACACA